GCACGGGCAGCCUGGGAAAAGCGACGGCGUAGGCGAGCCCUAGAGACGCCUUGAAGUAGAGCUGUCUAAAAGUGCCAGAACUCUCCCACCUGCAAGAAAGAUGAAGUUGUGGUACUUCACAGUGCCUGUGCUAAUUAGUCUGCUGCUGUUUUUCUGGAUCCCAUCAUCAAUGUGCUGCAACAAGGCUCUCUGUGCAAGUGAUGUCAGCAAAUGCUUAAUACAGGAGCUGUGUCAGUGCCGACCUGGUGAUGGAAACUGUUCAUGUUGUAAGGAGUGUAUGCUUUGCCUAGGCACACUUUGGGAUGAAUGCUGUGACUGUGUUGGUAUGUGUAAUCCUCGCAAUUACAGUGACACACCUCCUACUUCAAAGAGCACUGUUGAGGAGUUGCAUGAGCCAAUUCCUUCUCUUUUCCGGGCCCUUACUGAAGGUGACACUCAGUUGAGCUGGAAUAUUGUUUCUUUCCCUGUUGCUGAAGAACUGUCGCAUCAUGAGAACUUAGUCUCCAUUUUAGAAACAGUGAACCAGCCCCAGCAUCACAAUGUCUCUGUUCCAAACAAUGUCCAUGUAUCAUACUCCACUGAAAAAGAACGCAUGUGUACUGUGGUUUACUUUGAUGACUGCAUGUCAAUACAUCAGUGCAAGAUUUCUUGCGAAUCUAUGGGUGCAUCCAAAUACCGAUGGUUUCACAAUGCCUGCUGCGAAUGUAUUGGACCUGAGUGUAUCGACUAUGGUAGUAAAACUGUAAGAUGCAUGAAUUGCAUGUUUUGAAGCUGAAAAGUUGAACUUUAAUAUUAUAGACACCAAAGUUAUUUUUUAUUGAUAAAAAUUGAACUUGCAAGUACUGCUUGCGAUUUUAAUAGCUACAACACAAUUGCUGGGAUCUAGAGAUGUAUAAAAUUUUAAACAUGUAAUUUUACCCCUCUUUGCAUAAGUAUACAGUAUUAACUAAUCAAUAAUUACUCAUUUUCUUAAUUGGUUAGUAUAGUCAACCUUAUGAUUAGAUUGUUUCACUUUGAUCUGCAUAUAUCAACUUAAUUAAUUUACAUAUUGUAGUUACUACAGUAUAUCUUGAGUAGACAAUCAUGAAACGUCACAGAAAUUGCUACUCAGAGCACAAAACAAAGUGCUGUAAUUGUUUGUGUUUGCCACAUAUUUCCAAACAUUCCCCUUUGGACUGAUGCAUAGCUUAUUGCUACAGACCACAUGGAUUUCAAUUAUGCGAAGUCUUUUAAAAGCAAGUUAGCAACUGCAGAAAGAAUUAUCUACCCCAUGACCGUUUGUUUGUAAGAAAGAGAGAAAAUUGAUCCUGCAUUUUAAUGCAUCAAAGCAAAUUUGCUAAACUUAAUUAUGUCCAUAGCAUCUCUUACUCCCCUUACUUCCCCUAGUUGUUGAAUUCAGUGGGGCCAUUAUGAACAAAAAAGAGAAGGUGCAUUAAUUUGGAACUGAGGUGUAAAUGUACUGAACUUGGAAAUUAUUGAUAUAAAAAAACACCAAAAUGUUUGUGUACAACGCAAUUGUAUUAGAAUGUUUUUUUAAAGUAUCUUUUUUUAUAAGACGGCUAAUGCUAUAUAUGACUGUUCAUAGUUUCUCCUCUUUUCCAUCAUAGCUUUUGAUAAUACAUAAUUACUUCCCAAUUCACUAUUUGUGUUUGUCUGGAUGUGAUCUGUGGGCACACAAACUUGCAGCAUACAGGGAAAAAUGCAUCUAAUAUGCCGAGGAACUUGCCAAAUAAAUGAUUGGUGU